AUGCCACCGCUGCCGGACCGCCAAACAAAAAUUUAUGAGAAGGCAAUUGAUGACGACAAGCUGCUUAUGAAAUUAGAUAUGGAUUUAUGUAAAGGUAAAAUUUCUUUUUAUUAUUACAACUCACCACACAUGAAGUAGUUUUAAUUUCUUUUUUUUUCGGUAGGUAUGAAACGUAAACAUAAGAUAACUGUCGCGAAGGCAAAAAGAGCUAGGAUGGAUUUGGUGAAUUCCUCCGGGAUUUGUCGAAAUCGAUUCUUCUUUCUCUCGUAAAAUCGUGUAAUAUUAUGUGAAAAAUCUCGAAAACAUUCAAAAUUAUAAAAAGUUUCUCUUUUCGACUAAACCAGCUCUAUUUCAAAUUUUCAAAACAAUAAUACAAAAUAACCCCAUUAAAUUCAGUUUGAAACUUGAGGCCACAUAUUACAAACCACAAGUCGAUAAUUUCUCCGAGAGCAGAAUGUUGAAGACCUCCAUAGUGAGAUAGAAGAUAUCGUAAAAAAAAUUCACAAAAUUACUUUUCGAACAGGAUAUUUAUCAAUGACGGGGUAGCGGUUUUUCACUACAGCGUAUCGAUGGGCUUUUAUUAGGUAUAUACAAUUACCAACCUAUGAGAGGUAGUUCGUUUAUCCAGCUUCCCGUCAGUAUACAAAAUAAAAAAGCUGUAAUCAACUCGAAAAAUACAGAUGAAAAAUGUUUUAAAUGGGCAAUAUUAGCGAAAAAUAUCACAGAAGACCAUAGUUACAGAGUAAGUAAAAAAUAUAUCGAGUACGCAAAUAAGUACGACUUUAACGGUUUAACGUACCCGACACCGCUGUCAGACAUUAAAAAAUUCGAAAAAAAUAAUUUAAUCGU